AUGUCCGGCUACGACCGAGCUCUCUCAGUUUUCAGUCCUGAUGGGCACGUCUUCCAGGUUGAGUAUGCCAUGGAGGCAGUGAAGCGAGGAACUUGCGCCGUCGGUGUCAAAGGCAAGGAUAUCGUCGUCCUCGGUUGCGAAAAGCGUUCCGCCCUUAAGCUCCAAGAUACGCGCAUUACCCCCUCGAAGAUCGCCAUGGUGGAUGACCAUGUGUGCCUCGCCUUUGCUGGUCUAAACGCCGAUGCUCGCAUCUUGAUUGACAAGGCCCGGUUAGAAGCCCAGUCCCACCGUCUGACCGUCGAGGACCCCGUUACCAUUGAAUAUAUUACCAAGCACAUUGCGAGCGUGCAGCAGAGAUACACACAGAGUGGUGGUGUGCGUCCAUUUGGUAUUAGUACUCUGAUUGUCGGUUUCGACAAGAAUGACUCUACACCACGCCUGUACCAGACCGAACCGUCUGGUAUCUACUCCGCCUGGAAAGCCAAUGCUAUCGGUCGUUCCAGCAAGACCGUUCGCGAGUUCCUUGAGCGUAACCACCAAGAUGACAUGGACCGUGAGCAGACAAUCCAGCUGACCAUCAAGUCAUUGUUGGAAGUUGUGCAAACGGGAGCCAAGAACAUUGAGGUAGCCAUCAUGGCCCCGGGCAAGGGUGUUGAGAUGCUGCCGGACGAACAAAUCGAAUCGUAUGUCAAGAACAUCGAGACCGAGAAGCAGGAGGAAGCGGCCAAGAAGAAGACCCGAACAGGGACUACCACUGCCGCCAUUCUCACCCGGCCUGGCGGCGCCGAGUCAACUGAUUAA